AUGGUCGGGUCUCCAGUCCACACCCUGGACUUUGGCGCCGACAUCAUGGAUGUCGGCUGGCACCCGUCACGGUCCGUGCUGGCCGGGGCCCUCAUCAGUGGCAGCCUGCACCUGCACACCAUUUCAGAGGAGGGCGUAUCCUCCCUGAGCUGCGUAGAGGUCUUCCCAGGGGCAUCCCUGCGCGCCCUGACGUUCCCUUCCGCCCACUCCUCUGAGGUGGUCCUGGCAGCCUCGUCAGAGGGGGAUCUGGCGCUGGUGGCCGUGGAGACCGGCCAGGUGUCCAGCCGCCUCCCCACUGCGCAUGACGGUUCCCUGACCUGCGCACGACCUCUGAACGGGAGCAUGGUGGCAUGCGGUGACGAGGGAGGGUCCGUCAAGGUCUGGGACCUGCGCAGCAUGCAGGCCGUGCACACCUGGACGCCCCAUGGGGACUACGUCUCGGGCAUGACCUGGCACGAGCCCCAGCAGUCCCUGCUCUCCGUCAGCGGCGAUGGCACGCUGGCGAGGAUGGACCCCAGGGCCAAGAAGGUGAAGAACAAGAGCGAUGAUGACGUGGAUGACGAGCUGCUGUCUGUGGUAGUUGUGAAGAGCGGACGCAAGGUCGUGUGUGGCACCACCACAGGCGUCCUGAAUAUCUGGAGCUGGGGCUACUGGAACGACUGCAGCGACCGAUUCCCAGGUCACCCGGAGUCGGUGGAAGCCAUGGUGAAGCUUGAUGAGGACACCAUUGUCACAGGGUCCAGCGACGGCAUGCUGCGUGUCGUCAGCCUCCAACCCAACAAGCUCGUCGGAGUGCUGGGGGAGCAUGCGGACUACCCCAUCGAGAGGCUGGCGCUGAGGAGCGACGGACAGAUGCUAGCGAGUGCCUCUCACGACCAGACGGUGAAGCUGGGUCUACCAGCGGAGGAGGGGAGGGGGGGCGUCCUGGAAGGGGCAGAGGCUAGUGCCAGCCCCGAGGCCGACGCGCUUGGGUCUGGCUCAAGUGCCGAGCCCGGCAGCGACGAGGGGCCGGCAGAGGGCGCGAGCGAGGGCAGCGACAGCAGCGAGGAGUCCUCCUCUUCAGACGAGGGGGAUGCCUGGGAGAGGAAGCGGCGGCGAGGGAAGGGGGCUCACCGUAUCCCCAGCAAGCAAGUGGCUAAGAAGCAGUCCAGUGGCGCAUUCUUCGCCGACCUUUAG